UCAAGCUGCACGGCCGGCCGUGAAACGAAUCGGCCCUGCAACGGGCAGCCAUGGAUGAAGUUCGAUUUCAGCAGGUCCUGGAUGAAGCAUGGCUAUCUUUCAGGUGCCAGCUUUUGCAGGCGCACGCAGGUGAUGCCCCCGGGCCCGGCUCCGCUACGAAGAGCGACUUCCAGUCCAGCCUCGCGAGCCGGGAUAGCCACAGGCACCGGGUCCGCACGCUGACCUUUGACAUAGACGACGAGAUCUUGCGGCCGCCCCCAAGUGCGCGACCCUCUUUGUUGAUGCAGCCUAACGCGCAGCCGCACAUCGCCACCAUCGAGGAGGAGUUCCCCCCCCCGCCAUUGCCCUUUGAGCCGGCGCCGAGGAGAAGCUCCGUGCGCAGCUCUCGCACCUCCCAGCGCUCCCAGCGCUCCCAUGUCUCCAGCCACAACCACACUGAUUCGGUGAGCGGAGAGCGUUCCGAUGGUGGCCUUCCAAACCGGACCAUGACGGCCAAUACCCUGGACAGCCACAUGGAGCAUACCAACGAGACUCUGAAGAUGCGCCUCGGGAAGACCCGUGGCCCGGUCACGGGGGAGGAGCUGCAUGAUGCGGUGGUCGCAUUGGGCUUGACCCGGUUCUCUGUGCAAGAUGUGAACCUCUUGCUCAACCGCUUGGGAGAUUUCAUCGACUUGCAGUAUGAGCCACUUGAUCCCAGCAAGAAGCAGCCCAAGCUCUCCCACUCUGGCACGCUGAUGACAAGGAGCUCUGUGAAGCAACAUGUGACCGCCCACGGUGUCGAGGUCAAGAAUUGCAAGGCAGUCUGGAAGUGGCCGGAGGAGGCUCUCCACAACAGGCCGGGAUUCCAAUGGGCUGGGCGCUCCGAGCUCCCGUCGCGGGAGUACAACGCGGUGCCGUUUCGGGCUCUGGUGCUGGCCUGUCGCAUGGAACAGGAUGCGAAGCGGAUCUUCGGGUCCUCCUACGACCUCUUCAACGCCAUCAAGGAGAUUUUGCUGGCGGGGGACACCAACCGCCUGGUGGCGGAGCUCACCUUCGUGCGCAUCAACGACCUGGCGGCGCCGCAGCAGAUUCGGGACCCUGCGAUGUACUUGGAGCCCUUUGUGGCUGUGCUCAUCAUCACAAAUGCCAUCCUGCUGGGCGCGCAGACUGACGAGCGCCUGCAGGAUUGGCCUGGGUGGCAAUGGCUCGAAAUUGGCUUUACCGCGAUGUUCUUCGUGGAGAUGUGCUUGCGCCUGCGUCUCGUGGGUCUUUAUUUCUACUUCUGCGGCCCGGAGUCUUCCUGGAACUACUUCGAUGUCUUCUUGGUGGCUGCCGGAAUCGUCGACAUAGGGCUCACCGCCUUUGUGCAAGAGUCAGAAGCGGCCGCCACGCAGCUGUUGCGUGCCUGUCGGCUUGCCCGGCUGACACGGAUGUUCCGGGUUUUCCGACUGAAGUUUAUCAAGGAGCUCCAACUGAUGAUCAAGGGUCUGGUGGCCGGUUUGCGGACGUUGUGCCUGGCCUUUGGUCUGCUCUUCGUGGUGCUCUACGUGAUCGCGGUCUUCGCCACCAUCACCAUCGGCCGGGGAACAGAGCUUGCAGAUGCGGAUCUCAAGGAGCUCUUUCGCUCGGUGCCCACCACCAUGUUCACAAUCUUCCGGUGCUAUUCCGGGGAGUGUAUUGGCGAGGAUGGGGCGCCCCUGGCACCCCUACUGGCCAAAGAGUUUGGGGCCAUCUUCGUUCUGGGCUAUGUGGCUGGCUACAUGCUGGUCACUAUGGGAAUUUUUAACGUCAUCCUUGCAGUUUAUGUCGACAUCACCAUGAAGGCGGCGCGCGAAAAUGAGGCGACCACCAGCGAGGCCCACGAACGAGAGUCCAUCCGCAUAGCGCGCCUCACUCGCGAGCUGGUGAAGAGGUUCAAGCAAGCCCAUGAGAAGCGGAGCCGGGAGAUUGAAGAGGAAGCCGAGGAUGAGGAUUUGACGAGGCAGCCCAGCAGUCCGGGGGCGCGAGAGGAUGAUGAAAUGCAAGGGGACCAGAUGCAAAUCAGCAAGGAAUUAUUUCUGCUUGUCAUCCAGGACCGCCAGGUCCAGCAUCUGAUGGACGACUUAGACCUGCCAAAGGACCGCGCCAACUUGUUCGAGGCCUUGGACGCGGACAGCAGCGGCACGCUGCACCUGGCGGAGCUCGCCCAGGGGCUGCUCAAGGUCCGCGGGGAGCUCAAGAAGACGGACACCGUGGCGACGCUGUUGGCCACCAAAGCGGUCUACGCCACUUUGGAGCAGCUCCGCGACGACGUCAUGGACCUGCGCAAGGAGGUGGCGGGGGCCGUGGGCGGCGCGGACAUCGCGGAGUCGAAGUCCAUCUUCGACUUCAGGUGAAAUCUCGGAGGCUCGUCCAAGUCCCCCAGUACCCUACUAAAAUACACUACAGGAAAAAAAGAAAGUGUACCCUUAUUCCGAUUCCAACCUCUCUACUGGAGGACCUUGUCGUCCUGAGGAGCUCCACUUGGGGUGAAGCACCCAGGGCUGAAAUUCCUGGAGAUCCCGGCCCAUCAGGUCCAGGGAAAAGGUGGACGACUUGCAACGACAACCUGCCUCAGACAAAUGAUUCGCAGGUCUCACCAUGUUUCACUUGCGCAGGGCAUUUCCAAGUGCCCCGCUUAGCUGUCCAUGCGUGCGCGCAAAGCAGGGGCCCAGUCAUGGGUGCGCCAUUUUUUUCGCGCAAGACACUUCUGUGAAGCGCUCGCUUUACAAAGGAAGGCUGGGCACUAUCUCGCUCAUCAUUUUGGGCUUGGGGAUGUUGCA